UGCCUCUACUCUGGAAGGAAAUAGUAAGUCGACUUGCCAAACAGUUUAUUUUCAUGCAACUUAAACAAUGCGGAUGUCAGUCAUUCAUAUCAUAGGUAUCGUUGCUGCGGAAGCAUUGCUGAUUAUUCGGACCUGGGCAUUCUGGCAAAAGAGUAAACGAUUGCUGAUCGGAUUAUCGGUCUAUAGCGUGUUGACAAUUGUCGCCGUCCUUGCUGUGGACCUCAGUCCUACAGUGUUAAUUCCAGGAGAGGAACCCCCCCUAGGAACUUGUUACUUCGAGAGCACACGCAGCGGUGCGGUCGUAUACAUGUUCUUGGCGAUGUUCGAAAGCGUGAUACUGAUCCUUACUAUAUAUAAGAGGGUCCACGAUUAUAAAAACUUUCAGAGCGGAAUUGUGGUAACCCUGUACUACGAUGGCAUGUUUUACAUGUUGUCUAUCCUCGGCAUCACACUCGCCAAUGUCAUCAUCGGAGCUGCACUUCCAAGCGCCUAUAGCAAUAUGCUUGACACGCUACAGCUGGUCACUCACAGCGUUCUGGCAUCACGAAUUCUAUUCCGUCUUCGACAUAACAACGAACGUGUCCACGAACCGUCCACGCCAGCAACUAUGAUGGAAUCUAUAAACUAUUUAAGACCUCCGUCAAUGUCGAUGAGUGGGACGGCUACUACUAGUCACGUUUGAAGGAAGUUAGGUGUAUGCGGAACCAUCGGCCUCUGUUAAAGCCAAUGAUACUGCGAGACCUUGGGACUGAAGGUAUGAACGAAAUGGCGAUGCGUUCCCUUGUUUCCUCCGAGCCUGGUUGUGGUGUCAAUUCUUAUGCGACGUCAGGAUAACUCUGCAUUAUGUACUUCCGCAAACCUCGUCU